AUGGCUUGUGCUUCUUCAACUAUUCUUUGUGCUACGUGUGAGACACUUAGCUCCGAAGUAAAGCCAAAACCAGGUAUUUUAUUAUGCACAGGCUGUCAGAAACACUUCUGUUCUCAACAUAUUGUAAAACAUCGACAGGAUUUAACGAAUUUACUUGAGAAUACAGUUCUGAACGAAAGAAAUGUAUUGCAAGAGAAAAUUUCAACUUGCAACGAGCAACAGUGGUCUGAUAAUAUCAAAGUACAGGUGGAGAUGAUCAAUAAAUGGGAAUUAGAUACAACUGAACUAAUUAAACAAUCAGCUGCAUAUGCACGCCAACGUUUGCAGGAAAUCGCUUUAAAGGAAGGUGACAAACUACUGAAGCAAUUCGCGAUGUUAUCAAGUGUAAUAGAUACACUGCGGGAAAAUGAAAAUUAUUUCGAAAAUGAUAUUAAUCAAUUAAUCAAUAAACUCCAGCAACUCCAACAUGACAUAGAACAUUUUCCUGUUGAACUUAGUAUCAAGAAAAUUUCACAUGAACUGAUCGUCGUCAAACCACUCACGCAACCGGUGUCACAUACUGCUGCCCCUUGUUACUUUGUUGAUCUUCUACUUACAUCACAGAAACCAAAAGUAUCCAUUCAUCUUUCACCCGGAGCACUUGGUCAAAUGCACCCAAUUAGUGAUCAAUUGAUUGCUUUUUCUUAUGGACGUGAAUUGCCUACUUUAAAUAUAGUUAAAAAAUCGUGGAAUAGUCUGCGUGGAGUUUCUGAAGCUAUUGAAUUACAUUGGUCCAGUUGUUUACAACAAUUUUUAGUACUACUGCCCAGUGGUCAAAACUUCCGGCCAAAUGAAUUAUACCAAUCUGAUCCAUAUUCCGGAAAUACUAAAGAGAUUUGGGCAAAAUCAGCCAAUUUGCAGUCUUCUUGGUCUCGCGAUUAUAAAACGUUAACAUGUUUUAAAGAGCAUGUUUUACUCGUUGUUGGUGAUAGAAUUGAAAAGUGGUUAGCAAAUGACCCUGAUUGGCACACUAAUGAGCAGUCUUAUACUGGGUGGUCUCCACCGAUUUCAUGUAACCCACAAGACAAGAUUAAAUGUAUUCGAAUGAAUGAUCUAUAUUACGCACUUUUGAUUGAAACAUAUGAUUAUCAAUCACGAGCGCCGGUGCUUUAUUUUCAUCUAAGAAGCCAUGGCAUGUCAACUCUUUACUGUAUGCAAACAGAUUAUAAUAAGUCGCCUGACAGAAUGCGUUUAAUUUCUUUAUCGAAUGAAUGUGGUUGGUUAUUCUUUUUUUGCGGAGAAAACAAACACUGCUGUUAUGUACUUGAUAACGAUGGGAAACGAUACGAUCAAAAUAUUGUUCUAUUAUCAAAUGUCACUGAUAUUGCUGUACAGAAUAAUUUAAUUUUUCUUCGAAAAAAAGUAGCGAACAGUACCAAUGAUGUCCUUGAAAUAUAUGAUUGGCAGAAAUGA